GAAUGCACCGCGGAUUCUGGCGACAUCCACGCUACGAUGAGGUGAAGCGGUUGUUUUCGUCCCGAACGUUGUGACAAGCUGCCGCUAAACUAAGGCGCAACGGCUGUUAGAUCGGAUUUAACGCGGCAUCCCCGGGCUGUAGGGCAACCGUUACCACCUGGACUCACUGUCAGACUGAGGGAUUCAUCCCCCGUUUCUUUUUCGGUGAGUUUAUCGCCAUGUUAUCAUCCGUUCCUACCAGGCUAAUUGCGCGAAGGUCGCGCAGCCUGUCACCGUGCAGCCGGGUGCUCCAGACCAGCGCAAGUGGUGCCGCGUGCCAGGGUAUCCGGGAGACACCGACGGAAGCCAACCGCAACCCCAUCGUGUCCACCUCCCGGGUCUCCAGGAGGGGGAUUUUGGCUGAGGAGACAGCUGGUGCCACUGUCAACCCCUCGGUGCAGUACCACCACCUCGCCCCUAGAUGGCUGUCCAACCUGGAGAACCGUCGCAGCUCCUGGGCGGCCCUGGCCAGCAGAGGGCACAACAACAACCAGUACUGGGAGGAGAGCGGGCAGAGGGGCGGAGGUGAGGGCCGGGGAACAGGUGGAGGAGCCAGCCGGGCAGGAGUGGCAUCUGCCGGUGUACUGUCUGCUGCAGCUGUGGCCUUCUGUCUGAAGAAAGACUCUGACACCAAAGGUGAUGCUCUUCUGGAGGCAGCGAGGACCAAUAACUCUCAAGAUGUGGCCAGGCUGUUAAAGGAAGGAGUGGACCCAAAUUACCGCCACCGUCUGGGUUGGACCGCUCUCAUGGUGGCCGCCAUGAACCGACAGCACAGUGUGGUGAAGGUUCUGCUCGAAGCCGGUGCCGACCCAAACGCUGGAGAUCACUUCAACAAUGUUUACGACACGGCACGGGAGAAAGGCACCCACUCCCUGGAAGUGCUCGUGUCCAGAGAGGAUGAGUUCAGCAGCAGGCUCAGCAGCAGGGCUGGUUUCCGUGGCUGCACGGCGCUCCACUACGCCACACUGGCCGAUGACCCGCGCACCGUCCGCAUGCUGCUGGAGGCCGGUGCCAACCCCCUGCAGACCAAUGGUUUGGGACACACAGCACGGGCCUAUGCUAAGGAGGGAGAAGUGAGCGGAGUACUGCAGGAGUGGGAGGGCAAGUUCCAGGAGGCGCAGGCUCGGCGGGAGGCGGAGGAGAGGAGGAGGUUCCCCCUGGAGAGGAGGCUGAAGGAGCACAUCAUUGGACAGGAGGGGGCCAUCAAUACGGUGGCCUCAGCCAUCAGGAGGAAGGAGAAUGGUUGGUAUGACGAAGAGCAUCCUCUAGUAUUCCUCUUCCUCGGUUCGUCAGGAAUCGGAAAGACAGAGUUGGCCAAACAGGUGGCCCGCUACAUGCACAAGGACAUUAAAAAGGGUUUCAUCCGUAUGGACAUGUCUGAGUUCCAGGAAAAGCACGAGGUGGCGAAGUUCAUCGGCUCUCCACCGGGAUAUGUGGGACAUGAGGAAGGAGGUCAGCUGACCAAGCUGUUGAGGGCGUGUCCCAACGCAGUUGUCCUGUUUGAUGAAGUAGACAAGGCCCAUCCUGAUGUCCUCACUAUCAUGCUGCAGCUCUUCGAUGAGGGUCGUCUCACAGACGGUAAGGGCAAGACCAUCGAAUGCAAAGAUGCCAUCUUCAUCAUGACGUCUAAUGUUGCAAGUGACGAUAUUGCCCAGCAUGCACUGCAGCUCCGCCAGGAAGCUGAGGAGGUCAGCCGCAGAAAGCUGGCCGACAACCUCGAGGAUGUACAGAAAAGUGAUGACAUCAAAAUCUCUCGACAGUUUAAAGAAUCUGUGAUUAGACCAAUCCUGAAGGCUCAUUUCCGGAGGGACGAGUUUCUCGGCCGGAUCAAUGAAAUUGUAUACUUCCUGCCGUUCUGUCACUCAGAGCUGCUACAGUUGGUCAGCAAAGAGCUCAGCUUCUGGGCUAAGAAGGCGAAGCAGCGCCAUGACAUCACUCUUCAGUGGGAUCGUCCCGUGCUGGACCUGUUGGCAGGCGGGUAUAACAUGCAUUAUGGCGCGCGCUCCAUCAAACACGAGGUCGAGCGGCGGGUCGUCAACCAGUUAGCUGCAGCGUAUGAGCAGGAGCUGCUGCCGAAAGGCUGCACCCUGCGUCUGUCUGUCCAAACAGAGGGCCAGGAGGAGCGGAGCUCGCCCAGUCUGCGCCUGGAGGUGGUAGGAGAGGACAGCUCGUCAAGAACGCUGGACAUCCGUCCGCCACUCAGCCCUGAACACUAACAAAGAACAAACAAUACAACACAGACACGCAAAGGAUCUAUACAGAUAUGUAUGCACACAUGUACACUUACACACACAUAUCAUCACCACCAUCAUCAUCAUCAUCAUCUUCAUCAUCACACAGUGUCAGGAGGAUGGAUAGUUCUUGAUGGAUCUUACCAAUAAAAGUACCUCUGAUGAACACA